AUCACAUCCUGCCUGAGAGGUAGGCUACACUAACUCCAGGGAGUGGAGCUGAUGUGUGAAAGCGCAGGUUUUCAUUGAGCUGUUGGCUGUUAUCUCUAUCAGCUGGGGCGUUAUUUAACAGCAUUUUUUUUCUCGCUGAAUUGAGGCAGAAAAACUUGAGAAACUUGAGGAUCAUAGCUGAUGCAAACUUUUGCAUCCUCGCUGAGACGAUCGUUAUAUGGUAUGCAUGAUGUGCAGCCAAACAGUGAUGGAGGCGUCAGCAGCGGCUUAUCGUGUAUAUCAAUAACCUGAACACAGGCAAGAUGAAGCUGAGCAUAUUACACUGGAGCCUCCUGCUUCUUUGUAUAGUAGGCUUCUGCAGCCAGCUAGUGUCCGCUGGCAACCAAAGCUCCCGAGGACAGACAGGGUCAAAACAGGAGAGGACAGGGACUUGUGAAGUGGUCGCUGCUCAUCGUUGCUGCAAUAGGAACAAGAUUGAAGAACGCUCUCAAACAGUCAAGUGCUCCUGCUUCCCAGGACAGGUGGCAGGGACAACAAGGGCUCUGCCCUCUUGUGUUGAAGCCUCUAUUGUGCGUCAGAAGUGGUGGUGUAAAAUGGAGCCAUGUCUUGAGGGGGAGGAGUGCAGAGUUCUCCCUGACCUCACUGGCUGGUCAUGUAUCUCUGGGAACAAAGUAAAGACCACAAAGGUGGCACGGUAGCAAAACAGAAGCUUCAUCUAAUCAGCACGAGCCCCUCCCGGCCUGCAGCAGUCACCUUAACUAACACUGGACUCUGAGGACAGUGAACGCCCCGUCAGAUAGAGCAAAGAACAAUAUAGAUUUAAUUAGAUAUCUCCUGGCUGAGCUUUAAACUGCAGGAACUCAUUAUUUUAAUUUAUUUUGGGUUGAGCAGGAUUUUGGUUGGGGUUAAUUUCAUGAAGUGGACAAUCUAUUAGCAAUUGACUUAAGUUAAAAUGACGCACGUUUUUCCAACUCAAAAAAGCUACUGCAAAAGUCCCUAUCAUUGCUUGAUAUGCUGAGCACAUUGUGAUGCACUCAAUCAAAGUUUGGAUGGGCCUGCUGGCAGACACUUAAAAGGAGAUUUUGUGGAUUUUCAGGAGGCAGAAUGUGAAUCCUGUCAGUGGCUUGUGACUCUCUCUGCCGAUCAAAGCAGAAACCACAAAUACUGAGAAAUUUAUGAUUAAGUAGCAUUUGUAGACAAUGCUGUCCCGUUGAGUUACUUUGAGCUUUGUAAAGAGGUCAGAUCCCUUUGGACUACUCCUUACCAUGAAGAGGCACUCUCACAAUCAUGCCAGCACACACACAAACACACACAGGCUGUUUUUUUCCCCGACUGGUUGGACAGGCCACCACCUGCAAGGCUGUGAGGCCAUGCACACAAGCAUGGAUCUCUGAUGCAAAACAAGGACUGUUUGAAAUGCUAAUCAUGGCGAGAAAGGGGAGAGAGAAUCGAAGAGGAGCUUCUUCACUGUUGAGAGUAUUUACAUCAUGCUUUUGUUUGUCUCUCUAAACUGAGUGCUCCUGUGGAGGGAACUCCGCUUAUAGUAAUGAUGGGAAACAUUGGAGACUCAGUGCCUUGAAGCAAAUGGUAGCCACUAACAGAACAGAAUGUUUACCGUUAUUACCACUUCAUCAGUUGUCCUCUUUAUAUGAAUAAUUUCCUUCUGUACUCAUCCUGAUUGCCUCUCUUUUAUCUCUUGAGUUCAGUCAGACAUUUUACCUUCGCAAUGAUAAGACACUUUAUAAUAACACAAAUACAGCGACUGCAAAUCAUCCUGUCUGAGGCAUCAGACUUGUAUGAAUGCCACAUGCUGUGUUAGUAGAAAACAGCUGGAUUCUAAGCAGUUUGUUGAACAUUUACUUAACGCAAUUAUGCAUUGUGAUUGUUUGGUAGUGACAAGUUUCUACACUGAGCUAUAAUGUGGUCCAAGGUAAUUUAUGCUUUGCAAACUUUUAUUUAAUAUUAACAGCGCUGUGAAGAUUCAUAUAAUGAUAAUAAUGGCAAUGAUAUGUGUUGGAUAUUUUAGAGAGCCCCUCCUCUAAAUCAAUGACAUCACCCAUUUGUAGAGGAUAGAUUAAUAUGCCUUUGCUGAUGAAUGAAACUGCUUUUUUAGAUUCACUGAAAGCUCAUCGCAUAACACAUUUUGUGACAAAGGGGGCUUCGUAAACAGCGUUGUCUCCAUCAGAACAAUGUGUGAUUUUGCAGCUCCUUUUACAAACCCUUCAGGAGCUUGUGAUGCAGCUGACAACAGUAUUAUAGAUGGUGGUUCUACAUUACAGUUUACAAAAUAACUCAGGUACAGUGCUACAGUGACCUUAAACCACCAUUAUUCAGUAUUAUUGCAGAACAUUCAGACCAGAUGAAUUACUCAACAUACUGUUUAAACCAGAGGUUUUCAAAGUGGGAGGCAAGUGUCUCCUGUUGGGGGUUUCAAGGAAGGCUCAGUGAAUGGAUGUGAACAAAUAUCACAAUUAGUUAUCAAAAGGAGGUCACAAGAAUAGCCUAAAUGUGUGUGAUUUGGUUAAAGAGAUAAAUAAAUGCCAGGGCGGACCUUUUUAUGUUUUAGUGAAGUCUGAAGUUACAUCAAACAUCAGGCUAUCUUGGCUCAAUUGUUGAGUAUCUGUGGAUUCAAGUAACAUAAUCAUGAUCCCACAGGCAUACAGGAACUGAGCGAAGCUAAGCAAGUAUAAACUAAGGGACUUUGUCUGAGGGGAGGCCCACAAUCCCAUACUUUAAAAACCACUGGUUUCCCAAGCAAAAUUGCCAAAAAACAUUCUUUGGUUCCAGCAUCUCAAUUGUGAUUUGCAGUGUUUCUUUGUCUUAUGUGAUUAUUAACUCACUAUCUUUAGGUUGGGGUGUGUCAUUCCAUCUGAAAACAUCACCUUGAGGUUUUGGAAAUCCUGAUGGGCUUUUUCAUUAUUCUCUGACAAUCUUUAGACUAAAUGACUGAUUAAGAAAAAUUAUCGGCAGAUGAAUCAAUAAUGAGAAUAACUGUGAGUUGCAGCCCUUAAGUUUUUAAUAAUUUGAGUCUUUUAAUUUUGCUCAGUUUUGUCAACUGAAGUCUUUUUAAGGCAGACAAAUGCUUGUUAAUGAUGUAUGCCAACUCUGGGAAGAAACCAACAAAUAUAUUUUUAAUCUCUGCGAAUGGAUUGAAAUUUGUAUGUUGUUGAAGAUGUUCAGUGACUGAUUUAACUUGGAUUGAAAUUUAACUUUACACAGAGGAGUAGAUCUGACAUAUUAUUGCAAGGCAAACCCAGAAAGUCCAACAGUAGUCUCAUCCCCAAGUCUUGCUUGUUGAACCAUCCCCCCUAUCUUAUAUUUAUAUAUUCAUAUUAUACAGAAAUACAAAGCUUAUUGAAGUUAAAGGUCCAAAGAUUCUCUGACUGUUCUUAAGUAGACUCGGACAAGAAAGCUUUGGAUAGAUCAGGAACUCAUGGAGGUACAUUUUCUCUCCAAUGCUACAGAGGCUGCAUAAAAAACCCCAAAAGAAAUCCACUGGGACUUAAACUGAAUAAGUUGGUGUGUGACUUCCAUAUUAUUACCAUCCUUGCACUCUUUUCUCUGUUAACUUUUUUUUUUACAAACAUAUUGAGAUUUAAAUUUUUUAUUCCUGUAUACUGCACACAGUAUGUAUUGUACUGUGGUUGUUUAUUGUCUGUAACAUAAUAUGCUGCCACCUUUAUGGCCAUAUUUUGUCAUAUAAGAGAUUUCGUUUUUUCAAAUUCUCAACAAGAACUAACUUUUUGGAAUAAAAGUUUGAAAUAAGGAAGAAUCUUUUACACUCCAGUGGGAUUUAUGUCAACAUAGUCAACACGCAUCCUCAAAUUUGUGCCUCUAUUUCUUAAAAUACCAGCAGCACUCACAACUUCCUUUUUUUGAUUCAUUUUCAAAGGAGCUGGUGUGACAUUCAUUAGGUGACUUUCAGAUGUGUCUCUUGCAGCUUCUUACAAAAGUUUAAGAAAUCUGUGCAGUGCUACCUCUUUAUCUGUAAAAUAACCUUUAAAGCCAGUCAAAAUAGCAUUAUCUCUGAGCACCUGUCAUAAUACAUGGCUUUAAAAAUAAAAGUAAUAUCCUAAAUUCAAAAUGAAAGCAGUCAAAAUCAGAUGAUUAAGGUAGGAGUUAUAGCCUCACACUUUACUGGAGUAUGUUGUACACAAGAAAAAUGCUUUUUGCUUAACAGAUGAGGCAAAUAAUGAUAUUAUUUAAAAGAUUCUGAACAAUUCUUUAGAUUUGAUUCUCGCAAUUCAAAGCAGUCACAAAUAACACAUUCCUGGCAGCUUAUUUGAUAUCAGUUUGAAGGUGAUAUGUGGCCGGGAACCUUCCCCCAGUUGUGCCUGUCUAUUGGGGACAGUAGUUCAUGUUCACUAAUAGAAAAUAAACUGUCCUGGGGCACAUGAAAAACAUAAUGGAAUCGCUGUUCUAUUCCCCUUUAACAACUUUUUCCUCAUCUGGAGUUGACACUUGUAAUAAAAAUGUAAACACAA